UGAUUCUGUACAUUGAAGUAAAUGAAUUGAGUGGGUGAAGAACAAUUUGAUAUUUUCAUGACCUCCUGGAAUUUCUGAGCUGCCUACUGUAAACCAACGAAUGAAAAGCCCACUAUUGUGCUACUAUACGACAUCUCGAAUAGUACUGCUGCUGAUGGAGAGGAUCCGGACUUGGUAGUUCACUUGGAGGCAAAUUAUUCAGAAGAAUUAAUUUCCUUGGAUCUGGGUCGUUCUUACCAUGGACUCAUCAUCUGUUGAGCAAGGUGCCCUGUUGGAGAACAGAGCUAGCAAUGGGGCCUCUCACAAUUCAGAAGGACGUCUGGAUUAUAAAGCCAAAUCAGAUAUGCCAACUGAAGGAGCUGAAAUUAAUACAACUAGUAUUAAUGCCAACAAAGUGCCAAAUGAAGGAGAAAGUCUGGAGAUAAACAGCAAACGGGGCACUUACCAGAAUGGACCAGAGGCACUCUAUCCUGACCUCCCUUUGUCUUUUGAACCAACCAGCAGUCCACAUGGUCAAGAGUCUACAGGUGUGGCUGGUUUCCAUGACAACCUAAGGAAGUCUCAGGGAACUAGUGCAGAGGGAAUAGUUCUUAGAAAAGAAGCUUUGCAGUCACUCAAACUAAGUCUUCCCAUGCAAGAAACUGAAUUGUGUUCAGCAGAGUCUUCACUCCCAUUGGAGAAAGAGGAACAAAUCAGACUUCAGGCAAGAAGGCGUCUGGAAGAGCAGCUCAAACAGUACAGAGUAAAAAGGCACCAAGAAAGAUCCAGCUACUCUACAUCCAAAACCCGGCCCUCUAGUACACUAGAUCCUGAGCUGAUGUUAAAUCCAGAAAUCUUGCCAAGGGCCAGCACUGUAGCUAUGACAAAAGAGUACUCCUUCUUGCGGACCAGUGUCCCAAGGGGGCCAAAACUGGGCAGCCUGGGACUUCCAGCCCCUUCAAAAGAGAAAAGAAGCUCCAAAUCUUCCAAGUCAAGUAAUAUCCGUUCCUUGGCUGAUUACAGAACUGAAAAUUCAGAUCCUGGAAAUGCUACUAGGAAUUUUGAGACUGCUGAUGCAUCUGGUGGGUCUCUAAAGGAGAAUAGAAGUGGUCUGACUUCUGUUGUAUCUGAAAUCAGUCUCCGCUCUGAAACAGAUGACCGAUUGGAGAAUUCCUCCAUAGCAGGAGACAGUGUUUCAGAGAUUGACGGAAGCGAUUUAGGAAUAAGGCUGGAUGGAAAUGAGAGUGACAGCUCUACCUACAGCAGUGUGUCAGGAAGGGGGCUGUAUAGCAUUUUACUGAAUGCAGAAGGCAAACGGGGGAUUUCAUAUACAGUAAAUGGCCAGGAGAUCCCUCCAGAUGGAGUGGGGCAAUUUCCUUCCAUCAGGGAAGUAUUGCAGGCUGCAGCAGCAGAGCAUCAUGCCCAGGACCAGGAAGUUAAUGGGGAAGUGCGGAGUCGGAGAGACAGUAUUUCUAGCAGUGUGUCUAUGGAAAGCUCUAUCACAGGAACUCAUGAUGAAAUGUUGCAGGUCCUAAAAGAAAAGAUGAGACUUGAAGGACAGCUCGAAGCACUGUCAUUAGAAGCUAAUCAGGCCCUUAAAGAGAAGACCGAGCUGCAAGCCCAAAUUGCAGCUUUGAACAUGAGGCUUCAGGCUCAGAUGGAGCACAGCCAGAGCAGCCAACAGAAGCAGGAUUCUUUGAGCUCAGAAGUGGCUACCUUAAAGCAAUCUUGCUGGGAUCUGGAACGAGCUAUGGCUGACCUGCAGAACACCUUGGAAGCCAAGAAUGCUAGCUUGGCUUCCUCAAAUAAUGACCUGCAACUGGCAGAGGAACAGUACCAAAGACUCAUGGGAAAAGUUGAAGAUAUGCAAAAAAAUGUUCUCAGCAAGGAUAACACAGUACACAGUCUGCGACAGCAAAUGGCUUCCUUACAGAACCAGCUUCAGCAGGUGCAGUUAGAACGGACCACGUUGACCAAUAAGCUAAAAGCAUCUCAAGCAGAGAUCGCAUUGCUGCAAAAUGUGCGGCAGUGGUACCAGCAGCAAUUGGCAGUGGCACAGGAGGCACGUGUUAGACUACAGAGUGAGAUGGCCAAUAUACAGGCUGGGCAAAUGACCCAAGCAGGUAUGUUGGAGCACCUCAAACUAGAGAACGUAUCAUUGUCUCAUCAGCUAACAGAGACCCAGCACAGAUCCAUCAAAGAAAAGGAACGUAUUGCAGCACAGCUGCAAAAUAUUGAGGCUGACAUGUUAGAUCAAGAAGCUGCAUUUGUACAGAUCCAGGAGGCUAAAACCAUGGUGGAAGACGACCUGCAGAGAAGGCUGGAGGAGUUUGAGGAUGAGAGAGAACAACUGCAGAAAAUGGCUGAUUCUGCAGCAACACUGGAACAAGAACUGGAACAGAUGAAAUUGACUCUGCAUCAGCGAGAUCUACAGCUUGAAUCUUUACAGCAGGAGCAUCUAGUGCUCAUGAAGCAGCUCACCUUAACCCAAGAAACAUUGCACACCAAAGAGCAGUCCCUAAAUGACCUACAGACACAAUAUGAUGAGGUGGUGGCCAGGUUAGAGGAAUUCCAAGGUGAUGUUAUUUCCAAGGAUGACACGAUCCAGUAUUUGCAGAAUGAGAAGAUUGUCCUAGAGGUAGCUCUGCAGGCAGCAAAAGCGAACAAAGAAGAACUUGACGAAGGAGCAAAAUGCUUAGGUGAAAGUACUGAGGCAGCAUCAGAAAUCUUGGCGCAAUUGAGACAAGAAAUAGCUAUAAAGUCAAGCCAGGUGGAAAAUCUGCAACAGGAAAGUGCCAGCCUGAAGAAACAGACCCAAAAAGUAAAGGAGCAGUUCCUACAGCAAAAGGUAAUGGUGGAAGCUUAUCGAAGAGAUGCAAGUUCAAAGGAUCAGCUGAUUAGUGAAUUGAAAUCUACAAAGAAGCGGCUGGAUUCGGAAGUGAAAGAAUUAAAACGGGAGCUACUGAAACUUCAAGGUGAAAAGCAAUCCAUUGAUGUUGAACGCUCAAGACUUCAGAAGGAAGUAUCCCAGGUUCACCAGCAGAUGGUGGAGUUAGAAAGCCACCUCCAGUCAGUGCAAAAAGAACGGGAUGACAUGGAGAUACAGCUACAGUCUUUGCAGAUUGAUAAAGAACAAAUGACAUCUCUUGCUGAGGUGAAUGAGGUAUUAAAACUACAGGUAGAACAAAUGCAAGAGGAAGCCAAAAAGGCCAUCACCGAACAGAAACAAAAAAUGAAGCGUCUGGGGUCAGAUUUGACCAGUGCACAGAAAGAGAUGAAGGCAAAACACAAAGCCUAUGAGAAUGCAGUUGGCAUUCUUAGCCGCCGGCUGCAGGAAGCCCUCACUGCAAAGGAAUCUUCUGAAGUGGAGCUGAGCAAACUAAAAGCACAAAUCGCUGAUGGAGGAAAUAACCAGGCUUCCCAUGAAAGGAUUCAAGCUCUGGAGACAGAGCUGCAGGCUGUUAGCCACAGUAAGAUGAUGUUGGAGAAAGAGCUGCAAGAAGUAAUUUCACUCACCAGCCAGGAGCUUGAGGAGUACAGGGAAAAAGUGAUUGAACUUGAGGAUGAGCUUCAGGAAUCUAGAGGUUUCAGGAGGAAGAUAAAACGUUUAGAAGAAAUAAACAAGAAGUUGGCCCUCGAACUGGAACAUGAACGAGGGAAGCUCACUGGUCUUGGUCAGUCUAACACUGCUUUGCGGGAGCACAACAGGAUCCUAGAAACAGCACUAGCAAAGAGAGAGGCAGACCUGGUACAGCUGAAUCUCCAGGUUCAAGCAGUCCUAAAGCGUAAAGAGGAGGAGGAUCAGCAAAUGAAACAACUUAUUCAAGCCUUACAGACUGCCUUAGAUAGAGAAAAGUCAAAAGUUAAUAACCUUAAAGAGCAGGUUGCGGCAGCCAAAGUAGAUGCAGCACAUAACCGUCGUCAUUAUAGAGCUGCUGUUCUUGAGCUGAGUGAAAUUAAGAAAGAGCUACAAGCCAAAGAACUGCUUGUCCAAGCCCUUCAGGCUGAAGCAGACAAACUACAGGUUGAGGAUGGGAAACAUUCUCAAGAAGUAUCUCAGUUCCAGCAAGAGUUGGCAGAAGCCCGGUCUCAACUCCAGCUUCUACAGAAACAGCUGGAUGAACAACUUAGCAAACAGCCUGUAGAAAACCAAGAGGUUGAAGACCUCAAAUGGGAGGUGGAGCAGAAGGAGAGAGAAAUCCAAACGCUGAAGCAGCAGUUGGAUAUGACUGAGCAACGCAGUCAAAAGGAGUUAGAAGGAAUACAGCUAGUAUUACAGAAUAUCAAGACCGAGUUGGAGAUGGUGCGGGAAGAUCUGUCAAUGACUCAAAAGGACAAGUUCAUGCUUCAGGCUAAAGUGACUGAAUUGAAGAACAGCAUGAAGACACUGCUGCAGCAGAACCAGCAGCUGAAGACAGACCUGAAGCAUGGCAAGAUGAAGAAGAAGAAGGAACUGAAGGGAGAGACUAAUUCUUCAAAUCCUGUGACUCCAGUGAAGAUUCCUGACUGUCCAGUCCCUGCUGCGCUGCUAGAAGAGCUAUUGAAACCACCAACAGCUGUGAGCAAGGAGCCUUUAAAAAACCUGAACAGCUGUCUCCGCCAACUAAAGCAAGAAAUGGACAGCCUUCAGCGUCAGAUGGAGGAACACACCAUAACAGUACAUGAAUCAAUGUCUUCAUGGACUCAGAUCGAAGGGCAAUUAAUGGACCUAACUUCUACCUGUCCUGCAACAGCAUCAGGCGAGCAGGAAAUUCCUGCUGUGGACAUAAAAGAACAGAAUCAUAAUGCUGGUGACAAAGAAGUGUUGAAACAAUGACCAUUGUUUUUCAUCACAACUGCUUUAAGUGUGUACAGGAAUCUUUAUCAUUAUUUGUUUCAGUGGAUUUCUUUGUUAAAGGCAAAAGCAGAGCAAAUGAAUGGUUUCAAGGAAUCAGUAAAACAUUCAUUGUGGACCAUGCUGUAUUAAGGUUUCCUGUGAGGGAUGGUUUCAUCUC